AGGUGACACGUAUGUCUCGCAAUUUUUGUUAAAAAAAUGAAAAUUUUUUGUUUCUUCAAGUAUUUUACCAUAUUAAUAUUUAUAAAAAAAUUAUUUUUGUGAUUAUAACAAAAUCGAUAAUUAUGAGAAAUGUAUAUUGUGUGAGAUAAACGGUAUCGACCAUUGAUUAAUAGAUGGCUCCGUUGUUGAUUCUCAAAGGAUUGAAGAGUGCCAGUUAUUUCCGGCAGAUGUGAGUGAUGUUUUUUAUUUGGCCAUGAACGAUUCAUUCAUUUUGAUAAGAAAGUGUGAUGGUGUCAAAAUACGUUUGUAAAAUUAAUUAUGAACUAAUAAUGAUUUACAUUACAACAAGUUUUUUGGAAUAUACGAAAAUAGAAAAAAGUUUUUUGAAUUCUUGACGAGAGAAGAAUAAAAGCAUGAGCUGAAAUGAAGAAAAGCUACAACUCAACAGAUAUUAACCAAAACCAGAGCCAAGAGCUCUCAAAAAAAUUAUAUCGAUCUAUAAGUGAACAAGCUAAGCGUUUAGACGACGCAAGAAGUUGUGCCCGAACUGUCGUAGAUCUUUUUUCACCUAAUUUGCUAAUCCAACGUAAAAAAUUGUGCGAAUAUUGCGAAAGAUUAAUAUUUUCCGAUCCGAUUUUAUACGGUCGUAAAGGGGAGGAAUUACUAUGGAGGAAAGGUUAUUACGAUGUGGUGUCCACGUCUAAAAAAUUGAAAAAAAAAGAAUACCUGCCGGAAGAAAUAUGUCAUAUUACCGCCCAUAUUAACGCCGGUAUUGGAUUUUACAACCACAUGUUAUCUAAAUUGCAGUAUAAUUUCAAUUUGAACAUUGAAUCGUUUAUCGAUUUCUCUUUAAUACAUUCUGGGAAUAAAGAUGUUAAAGUUGAAGCUGUAGAUUGGGCUAAACAAUCAGUACAUCAAUGUUUGAUUUAUUUGGGAGAUCUCAGUCGGUAUAAACUUGAGAUUUAUCCUAAUUGGGAAUCUGCAUUACCUGUACGGUAUUAUCUUCAAGCCGUUUCUUAUAAACCGGAUUACGGUAUGCCUCAUAAUCAAAUGGGAACGUUGGCGAUGAAUCAGAAUCGUUUUUUAGAAGCCGUUUAUCAUUAUAUGCGUUGUUUGUCUUGUAAAUUCCCGUUUGAAGGUACUUUAAAUAAUCUAAUAGCACUUUUCGAUAGGAAUUCUAAAUUUCUUGAACAAUUGCCUGAUAAAAACGUCGAAGGCAUCAUUGAAACUGAACAAAGUGAAAAGAUCAAAAUAUUUAUAGCGAGAUUUCUUUUGAUUAUCGACGUGUGGUAUUUCGAUAAGAAAGUUAAUAAAGUUUACGAUUUGUGUCAUCAGACUUAUAAAAAUCUCGAGGAAUGUUUGACUUUUACCAAAGUGUCUACUAAUAGUGAAUCGGGGGAUUCGAUCGAAACUGAUUAUUAUCAACUGAAUCAUUUAAACGGCGAUAAAAUAUUUAAAAUAAUCGUUAUAUGUUUACUCUGUAUAUCCAAGUUGCAAUUAUCCAAAUCUCCCCAAUUAUCCACCGCAGUGGCUUUCACUUUGGGUAUAUAUUCACAAUUAUUGAAGAACGUUUCUAAUCGUAUACGAGAAGGUGUUUUGAAUUUUCCUUGUAACGAAAAUGUCAAAGGGAAAACCGGUAACGGAAUUUUGAAAGAUUUGAUGGCGGGUAGGAAAAGGUGUAAAUCGAAAUUGAGGAGACGGAAGGCUUUGAAAAAUGAGAGUGAAGACGAGUCCGAAUUAAGCGAACACGAAGAAAAUUAUAGUAGCUCUUCGGAUUCUUUUAUAUCUGACGACGAAGAAGAAGAGGUUCUCGACGUUUCUUCAGACGAGGAUUUCGAUAUCAUCAAGGUAUCAGACGAAUCGAACAGCGGUACCCCUAAAGAUAUUUUAACCAACGGUUUAUUCAAUGGCGCAACUACCCCCGAUCAACAAAACCCCGAAAAAACCGAAGAAGAUUUAAGCAAAAUCGUACAAUUUAUGGACGUUAACGAUAUCCUUGAAAUAUUUACCGAAGAGACCAUUUUGCAAAGCAUCAAAAUCCUCAAUGAUUGGUUAGCGACAGAUCUGGAAGUGAUCAAAUCUUGCGGUUCCAAUACCGCGUCUUUGUUAAGACAAAUAACCCAUUUAUUGAAUUUGGUCAAUGUCAAUUUGCUUAGUCCGAAAAUGAUCGGCGUCGGAUUGAAAAAUACGGAAAUUAUUAAUAAAGGAUUAAGGAUACCGCUGUCUGAAGAUAUCCUUUUGAAAGGUGUGGAAAUAUUGAAAGUUUCUCAGGAGACGUUGGAUUGGAAUUACGCGGAUAAAAAAAGUUUGAAUACGAAAGAAGAGGCCGUUAUCCGCGUGAUUAAAUUACUUUCUUUUGGAAAAUUUCUAACUACCCUUAACGAAACUGGAAUUUCUUACGAUGACGGAAACAAUAUUUUUGUUUGUACAUUAAAUGACAGUAAAAAAGACGACGACAAGGAUUCGAAAAUGUUGUUAGACGAAUUCGAUUCUUCGGCGUCGACUACAACCUGCAACGGUACCACCAUAAAAUCGACAUCAACCCCCAAAUUGGAGGGGGAUUCUGGUAGUAAAUCGAGCGGCGACGUCGUCGGUGGUCAAUUAAAUAAAAUGAAACACAUGGGUCAACUUUGGUUGGCCGCCGAAGUGAGAGCUUUGGAAAAUCGAGUCGGCGCCGGUAGGACGGCGGCGCUUUCCCCUUAUUUAGUUUUAGACGCCGACGCCCUCAUAAAAUACACUUUUAUGGUAAAACAGCUGGUGCACAGUAGGAAAUUUAUCGUUUUGGUACCUACGGCAGUCGUUUCUGCAUUGGACGACUUGAAACGCGAGAAAAUAGAGGCCCGCGACGCAAUCAGAUGGUUAGAAUCGCAAUUCCAUCGCGGCAACAGAUUUUUCCGAGCCCAACGACCCCAAGAACGCGCCCCCGUCCCGUUCAUUAAAUACCCCAAGAAGAAAGACAAAGAGAUGCACGUCUACAUUCAAAUAAUCGAAUGUUGUCACUUUCUCGCCGAACAACAAAAAGGCGCCACCGACGUCGUCACCUUAUUAAUCGGCAAUCAAAACGUUUUGUCGAACGGCGAAAACAAAGAAUUCAGUUACGUCGGACUGGCGCUGUCGGUAGGAAUAGCCAUCGAAGCCAUUACAUCGUUUUAUGGUAAAUGGAAGAAAUCCAAAGGGAAAAGGUGAUGAGACGCGACGAUGACUGGAAACGGAUUCGUUAAAAACAAAAAGGGAAUAUUGGAGGAGGUGUUUUUUUUUUUCCCCGAAAAAAAAAACUACCGAGAUAUAAUUUUUUUUCUAUUGUGGGAUGUAUUAUUUUAAGAGUUUAUUGUUCCCGUGUAGUUAUUCCGUUUUAAUUAUUAAACGAUAAAUUUUAUUAACAA